UGCAACCGUCGUGCAAGAGAUUGCACACAAACACGCAUAAACUAAACCGGAUAUAUGUUUUAUCUCAUCAAUGUUGCAAAAAGAACACCAUUGUAAUACAUAAUAAACUAUAAAUAGGUUCAUGAGAAUAUACGAAAAUCAUUGAACAUAAGGUUAAACAAAUGUAUCUAAGUGCGUUUCAUAUGGCCGUAGAAAACUCAUUCAUAGACUAAGACAUGUACGAUAUUGGGAAAUCCCUAAAAAAGAUACAUAGCCACACUUUCGGUUUCCCGAACGAAUGGGAUCAACAGCGUCGGUAUAGGCGCUAGUAAUAAAUGUAGAAUACAAUUAUCAUCCUGGAUAUCACUGAAACAAACAAUAUUUGAAUGACGUUCAAUAUUGAAGACAAAUCAAUACUGGUGGACCGAAUAACUGCAAGAUUGUCCUCGUCACAAUUAUGGAACUGCUUGCUGCGUUAGCUACUGCAGCUGUUGGCCACAAUGGCGUCCGAUGCGACGUAUGCGAUAAAAGUCCAAUCAUCGGCGUCCGAUGGAAGUGCAACGACUGCCCUAACUAUGACAUGUGUUCCUCAUGCUACGAUAAAAAAUGGAUGUGGCACAAUAUGUCGCAUACUUUUAGAAAGUGUGAUACACCUGUUAAUAAUAUAUUCCAGCAGAUAUUAACGAAUGCAGGAUCUCCCAGCAGCCCCACGUGUGCGUCUGACAGCGACGCAGGUAAUGACUCUGACAGUGACUCUGAUAGUUGCGAGAUGGAAACAGCUAUUGUUCAUGAUGGUGUGGGAUGUGACGUUUGCAAAGUUCGUCCCAUCCGAGGGACCCGCUGGAAGUGCGCAGAUUGCCCUAACUACGACAUGUGUACAUCGUGCUACAAGAAUCUUAGAAUGAUGCACGAUACGGACCAUUCAUUUAAGAAAAUUAACAAUCCCGUAUCAACGGGAGCCCUGCUGGUCAAUAAUAUACUUUCAUCGCAAAUGCAUGAUGCGAAACACGCAGGAGUCGUGCAUACAGGUGUGAGGUGUGACGUCUGCACUGUAGACCCGAUCGUGGGUAUCCGUUACAAAUGCAGAGAGUGCCCUGACUAUGACAUGUGUUCCACGUGCUUUAAGGAUCUAAGGAUCAUGCACACCAUGUCGCAUUCAUUUAGACAUAUUACAUUACCUGGAAGUCUACCAGCUCCAGUGGAGGUAACCAGUACAAGAAGACUUCAAGCGCUACCAAAAAGCAUCCCUUCAACCAGUAAAGGAUCUGGUACGCCUCAUAAAGGUGAACGAUGUGAUGUCUGCAAUGUCUCUCCAAUACGGGGUACCCGCUGGAAGUGUAGGGAUUGUCCCGACUAUGACAUGUGUUCCACGUGCUAUGAGGAUAAAAGAAGAAUUCACGAUAUGUCGCAUUCAUUCGCACGAAAGGAACAUCCAACCAAAGCGUUAACAAAAGAGCAAAAGGGAGGACAUGGAGUACCAGCAACGUCGUCUUGUUUGCCUUCCCAUUGGAUUAUGAUGAAGCCUGAUCAAAACGAAAUCAAAAUUGAUCUUGCAACUGAUAGUGAGGAAUUUAUUACUGUGAUGGGCAAGUUCAUUCAAACGCUUGACAAAACAAUCGUCAGUAUACGCAGAGUUCAAAGCAAAUAUCUUUGGGAGUUUUACUUUUCCAAACGCAAGCAGAUGGCUUCUAUGAAAAUUGGAAAAAUCGGCGCGAACGAAAGGAAGCUCUUCCACGGAACCAAACCGGACAUAAUCCAAACUGUUUGCACUCACAAUCUCGACAUGCGUCUUGCCGGAACAAACGUCGGUGCGAUAUAUGGCAACAGAACCUAUUUUGCUUCGGCAGCAGAUAUGUCGGAUCGGUAUUCUACGCCUGGUCCUACAGCGGGUCACAAGUUUAUGUUGCAGUGUCGUGUACUGGUGGGACGCUGGACUAAAGGACAACAGGGAUUACGGAGGCCGCCUGAGAUGGACCGGACACCGGAUGGUCAGGUCAGACUGAAUGACAGCUGCGUGGAUGAUGUCCGAAAUCCGAGCAUAUUCUGCAUCUUCGACCACGUUCAGUACUAUCCGGAAUAUAUCAUUGAAUACAAAUAACUUAAUAUAACUAUUUACGAAUGAACAAAAGGAGUUUGCCCAUAUCCUGAUGUUUUACUGGAUCAUGCCUUGUGCUUAUCGGAAUUUAAAUAAUAAUUGUGCUUAUAUCCUGUAUAAUUUGAUUAUAUAAUACCUGAUUCUAUCCAUAUGUAUAUAUUCAAUAGCAUGCCAAUGGUAAACUGAUAUUUGUGGAUUCACACCAUUUAGUUAUAAUACAAGGAUUAUGUGUUUUAAUGUAGAGCAUGAUUAACUUUGUAUUUUAUAAGAUUUGAAGACAUUAUAUGUUUGUUCAAAAAAAUGAAAGGAAUAAUGUACGUGUCAAACACUAUUAUUUAUGAAAUAGAUGUACAUGUUAACACAUAUUUUGCCGGGGUUUCUACAUAGUACUAAGCAGUUAUUUAAUAUGAGUAUAAUUACGUUGCUUAUAAGUUGUGUAGUACUUAGAAUUCAUUUACAGUUGCCACCUACCUAAUAUGUGAGUUAUCCAUUGUUAUCGUGCAAUAAAUAAUCAAUAUGUUGAUUUAAUUGUCAUAUCCUA